AUCCUGGCGUUUUCCCUCCGGCCCUACCAGCUGACCUAUCGCCAGAUCAAGUAUUUCUCCUUCCCCGGCGAGCUGCUGAUGCGUAUGCUCCAGAUGUUGGUUCUUCCUCUCAUUGUCUCGAGCCUGAUUACAGGAAUGGCCUCACUGGAUGGCAGAGCCUCAGGGAAGAUGGGGAUGCGGGCUGUCGUCUACUACAUGGUGACCACAAUCAUAGCGGUCUUCAUUGGCAUACUCAUGGUGAUCAUCAUCCACCCAGGAAAAGGAUCGAAGGACAAGCUUCACCGAGAAGGCAGAAUCGAGCAGGUGCAGACCACCGAUGCCUUCAUGGACUUGGUGAGAAAUAUGUUCCCGCCCAACCUGGUAGAAGCCUGCUUCAAACAGUACAAGACGCAGUACAGCACCAGGGUCUUCACCAGAACCAUCCUCCACAGCAGCAAUGUCACAGCAGGUGUGACAACCACUCAGAUCCCUGCGCCUGAGAACUCCACUGGCAUCCUGGAGAACAUCACCCAUGCCCUGGGGACCGUCUCCGAGGUGCUGACCUUUGAAGAAGUCAUUCCCAUCCCGGGCUCAGCCAAUGGGGUGAACGCGCUGGGGCUGGUAGUGUUCUCCAUGUGCUUCGGUUUGGUGAUCGGCAGCAUGAAGCAGAAGGGACGGGCCCUGCGGGAGUUCUUUAACUGCCUCAACGAAGCCAUCAUGAGGCUGGUGGCCAUUAUCAUCUGGUACGCUCCAGUUGGGAUCAUGUUUUUAAUUGCUGGCAAAAUCCUGGAGAUGGAUGACCUAGCAGUGAUGGGAGGCCAGCUGGGGAUGUACACGCUCACCGUCAUCGUUGGACUCCUCAUCCAUGCCCUCUGCAUCCUGCCACUGCUCUACUUCAUCGUCACUCACAGAAACCCCUGGGCAUUCAUUGCGGGGCUUCUGCAGGCGCUCAUCACAGCCCUGGGCACCUCCUCAAGCUCAGCGACUCUGCCCAUCACCUUCAGGUGCCUGGAAGAAAACAACGGUGUGGACAGGCGCAUCACGAGGUUUGUUCUGCCCGUGGGAGCUACAAUUAACAUGGAUGGCACUGCGCUGUACGAGGCCCUUGCAGCCAUCUUCAUUGCACAAGUCAACAACUAUGAACUUGACUUCGGGCAGAUCAUCACGAUAAGCAUCACUGCCACGGCAGCCAGCAUUGGAGCUGCAGGUAUUCCCCAGGCAGGACUGGUGACAAUGGUUAUAGUGUUGACAUCAGUGGGGCUGCCUACUGAGGACAUUACGCUGAUCAUCGCUGUGGACUGGUUUCUGGACCGCCUUAGAACGACCACCAACGUCCUGGGGGAUUCUCUGGGGGCUGGCAUUGUGGAGCACCUCUCCCGGCACGAGCUGGAUGCGCAGGACUGCGAACUUGACUAAACAGACCCCGUAUGCCCUCACAGACUAUUUGUCAAACUUUUCAAGAAAGCAUUGAGUUCUAAUCCUGAAGAGACUUUCUGUAUAUAAAGGGCAAACUGACGGAUGGAUUGGAAGAAAAGAUUGUUGGAUUGGACUCCAGCUCAAAUGGGAAUUAAUUUUGGGAAGUCCUAAGGCUUGGGUUAUACAGACAGUCAACCUAGAUGAUCAUAAGGGUCCCUUCUGGCUUUAUAAUAUAUGCACGUGCUUUCUGGUCUAGAGAUAUUGUAAAGGGUGCUUCCAGCACAAUCAUUUUUAAAAGCUAUCUGGAAGGAUCCUAAUGAUACUUUAACAAAACUCAGCAAGAGUCUAACCUGUUUGCAGUUGCUGUUCGCAGACACGUCAACAUCUCAUAAAAGGGGCUCUCCAUACCACAUUGCAUCGACAUGAUCGCUGAUGUUCCCACAAAGCAGUACACGCCAAGCCUCGCCAUUUGUGAUUUGCCGCUUUCAACACGAGAUUAAUGGAGCACAAGCAAGUAGAAGCCUCAUUGUCAAAUACUGCAAACCAGUCUCCCAUGGGGAAUUACAGAAUUCAGCUGAUAGAUUUUAGCUCUGGUGUUUGCCCAUGUUGUUAACCCGUUUAUAAUUGGGAUUAUCUAUCUGUUUACAAUACCUGACCAGUAAAGCAUUGCCAGGGAUUUGUGUAUAUAUAUGUGUAUUUACCUCUCUCUACAUGUAAGGGGCACGUGCACAAACACACGUAUACUCAGAGUUAAUUGUUUUGUUGCUAAUCCAAGAAGGAAAGGCAAUACUAAACUCUCACUCUGUAAAGCUGCAUUUGAUUCACUUCGAUGCCCACCUUGAUUUACCUGGCUCAUCCCGUCCUUAAAACAACAGAGCCUGUUUCACUUCCUUCCAGUAAUGAGUCUUCCAAAGCAAGGUUUACCGGGAAGGAGCUCAACGCGUGCUGAUUUUGCGUCGUACCUGCUGGUGACAUAAUGGGAACUUCUCAAUGUACAGAGAAUAUUCUCUACUUCAUCUUUGACUUCCCUGCGCGUAUCCCAAGGACCCAACAUCCCCACUGCAUCCGUCUUGCCAAGGAGGCAGGCUUUAAGAGCUCAGCCAGGAACACGAAAGUGUUCGCACUCCUUCCAAACCCAACACUGACCUUGGACUAGUUCGGCCUUCAAAACUGGGUAGCUGAAAGUACUAAAUCAUUUUAUCAACCGUCUUUUUAAAUUAACAGAUAUUUGAGAGUUUGUGCAGUUUUUACUGCAGCCCCGCUGCUUCUACUUGCAGAAACUAUCUGAGUUUCUCCUGUUUGCAAACAGAUUUAUUCCUAAGGAUUAGAUGGGCAAUAUUUGGGAUGAAACAGAGCUAUCUCAAUGCAUAUAUACAUGAGGAGCUCCUGGAUUAGGACACAUCUCCUCAAAAUUACUUUAAGAUGAUGAGAGGCCAUGUGUGACAUUAAGUAUAGGAUACAUGUACAUUGUUUCAGGAGUCAGACCUGCCCAGUAAAACCGCCCUGAAAUGGUAUGUCCAUCUUCUGCUGUGCCCAAGGA